AUGGAAAGUAUUAAAAAUCAAUUGACUAAUACUAAAUUAUAUACUCCAAUUAUGAUUGAUGAAAUAAGAUAUCAUAUAAAUUAUAUUUAUUCCAGAUUAAGGGCAGUUGAGUCUGAGCUAGGAGAUAGAAAGACAGAUAUAA